GCCAUGUGGGCAGGGCUGGGGCUAGUUCUGGCUCUCUGUCUCCUCCCAGGAGGAGGGACAGAGAGCCAGUACUGCGUGGAGCCCCCGGAAUGGCAUAUUGGGGAGGAAAACCCCAUGCUGAACUCUAGGGGCUCAGUGACAGUGGUGGCUCUCCUGCAAGCAAGCUGAUACUUGUGCUUGCUGCAGGCUUCCAGAUUGGAGGACCUGCGAGUAAAGUUAGAGAAUGAAGGACUCGUCAAUAUCUCAUAUGUGGUUGUCAACCAUCAGGGAACAUAUUCCCGGAGGAAGAUUCACCUCCUGCAAGAAAGUGUUUCAGACUACAUUACUGUCUACCAGCAAGAUGAACAGCAAGCUGACGUCUGGUCUACCUUAAAUGGAAACAAAGAUGAUUUUCUCAUCUAUGACAGAUGUGGCCGUCUAGUGUAUCACCUGGGUCUGCCCUACUCCUUCCUCUCUUUCCAAUAUGUAGAAGAAGCUAUUAAGAUUGCAUACUGCGAAAACAAGUGUGGAAACUGCUCUUACACGGAACCUGAUACUGAUGACGUAUGUGAAAACAUCACUAAAAAAGCAGCUGAAGAGCUAGCAGAGAUAGAACCCAAACCAACUGGUCAACAUUCACAUCACCACAACCUGCAUAGACAUAGACACCACCACCACCACCAUCAUCGUGAGGGCAGUUAUCAUUCCAAAAAUGAGAACCAUCAGACUCCUUCUGAAACUCGAAGGCAUCAUUAUCAUAGUGGUCGUCAUCAUAGAGUUUUUGGCCAUAGCAGACAUAGUCAGGCAGGUAGUCAUGAAUGGGCAGACACUGUUCCUCCAGGAGAAAUUGUGGAAAUUACCCAAGAUAAAAAGUUGUGAAAAAAAGGGAAAACCAGUUGUAAAAACCAGUUAACUUGAAAUUGGCAGACAGCAUCAGACUCAAAUUCUAGUACCUGAUGCUGUCAUUGUCGACACCUUUUGUUUGAAGAGCUAGGAAAUUCUGUCACUUGACAGUGUCGUGGAGCACUUCCAAAUUCAUGCAGGUGACAUAGCCAGCUGUUAGCAGAGGACAUCACUGAGUCUUGACAGUGACGUCUGCUCCCUGCUGCAUGACAGUCAUCAGCAGCAGGAGCAAGUGCAACCAGUGACACCUGACAGUGACAGGAAGAGGCAAGAAACUGAGCCUGAAAAACAAACUAA